CACCGAGUGGAAAAUAAAUAAAUAAAUUAAAGUAUUUAAUAAAAAAUAAGAGAGGAAGAAAGAAGAAAAGAAACAGAAGCUACUUCAGUUUUUUCCUAACAUGGAAAAUUGGCUCUCUCAUUUGGAAAUAAGUGGUGGUGGGAGUGGCUCAAGCAGUGUAUCAUUUGAAGAGAUUUUAAGCUUCAAUGGUGGUCAAUCUUGUGAUCAUAGCUCCAAUAAUAAGGAUAAUAAUAUUAUUAUUAUUGGUGAUGAGGCUAAUAAUAAACAAGAGAAGAAGAACUCCAAAAGGGGUAGUUUAGGGAAUAACAAUAAUAAUAAGAGAACAACAAAGAAGGCAAGAAAUUCAAUAGAGGCAUUGGAUCACAUAAUGUCAGAGAGGAAAAGGAGACAACAAAUGGCUGAGAAGUUCAUAGCACUUGCAGCUGCUAUUCCUGGCUUGAAGAAGAUAGACAAGGCAUCUAUACUUCAAGAAGCAAUAAAUUAUGUGAAAGAACUUCAAGAACGCAUAGCACUGCUUGAGAAAGAGACCAACAACAAAGAACAAUUGAUUGUGAAAAAAUCACAAUUUUAUUGUUCUUCUCUGCCGUGUGACAAAAACAAUAAUAACAACAACAUUGGUAAUGAAAUGGUGCUACCAGAAGUGGAAGCAAGAUUGUUAGAAAAGGAACUACUAAUUAGAAUCCAUUGUGAGAAACGAAAUGGAAUCAUGUUGGAGCUCUUGGCAUUUUUGGAAAAUAAUAAUCUCUCUCUGGCAUGUAGCAGCUUCUUGCCAUUUGGAAACUCUACUCUCAAUGUUAUCAUCAUUGCUCUGAUGAACGAGGAAUUCAACUUAACAUUGAAGGAUCUGGUGAAGACGUUGAGGGAGUAUCUUUUGAAGUUUAUGAGAUGCAAUAAUAAUAAUUGUGGUCCAUGCUAGUGUAUCAAUAAUCAAACCAAUUUUCUUCUAAAACUCUCUUUUAUCGCCUUGUUUGAGAAACUAGCUAGUAAUUAUGUUAUGGAAAAAUAUAUGCUUGAGGUUCUAAACUAGUUUAGUAGAAAAAAUGAGGGGAAGGAUUUUAUAAUCUUUCUCGAAUAUAUAUUGCUUUUGUUACACAAACAAAAAAUAUAAAAUUCUAGGCUUAACUAUUGAUUUCUGAUCUCUAAUUUGCAGUUUAAGAUAAGCGUAAUUUUUAUUUAAAGAAAAAUAAAUUAUAAAUUAGAACCUCACUCCAAUGGAUACAAAUUAUUGUAGGAUAAAAUUGGAUUGGAUAGGCAAAAACCUAGCCCAUUAGGACCCAUAGAUAUGGGUAAUGGGUGGCUGUUUCUUCUUUUCCUCUCUUUCUGACCCAAAUUAGGAAAGAAUAAAAGGUGUUUUGUGUA